GGUUUAUAUAUCACUUCAACUUCAACUUCAACUUCAACUUCCAAGUUCCAAAAUUACUUCGUCUUCGUCUCAAAAAUCCCUUAUAAACUUGCGCUCUCUCUCACGGAUUUUCACAGUUGAACUCCCUGAUAUUUGCUUCAGAAGAAGAAUUAGUUAAGAGACUCACUGGAAGUAUGAAAGAAAUCUUGACCGUACAAGUUGGAGGUUUCGCGAACUUCAUCGGCUCUCAUUUUUGGAACUUGCAGGAUGAGCUGCUCGGGUUGGCUGACGAUCCCAAUAGUGACCCACUCUUGAGGGAUCACCAUCUAAACAUGGAUGUGCUGUACCGCACUGGUGAGACACUGCAGGGCACUCCAACUUAUACUCCUCGCGUUCUUUCAGUUGAUUUACAAGGGUCCCUUGGGUCUAUGAGUUCGCGUGGUACAUUAUAUAAUGAUGACAGACAUACGCCAUCUGAUGUUGUUACAUGGGCUGGUAAUUUCUCCACCCAUACAUCUGAGCCUCAUAAGAAGAAUAUUUUCUUGCAAAGUUUGGAUGAGGAGCAGGAUAACUUUUCUUGUUCAAAUGGUAUUAGCAAUGGGGAUUCCCAUUCUCAAAGAAAAAUUCAUGACCAAGAGAUAGUAGCAAGUUUAGAAAAUGAUGUGCAGUUUUGGACAGAUUUCUCGAAAGUCCACUAUCAUCCACAGAGUUUGUAUGAAUUAAGUGGUCUUUGGACAGAUGCUCAAGAAUUUGAUAACUAUGGUAUAGGAAGAGAUGUUUUCUCUGGGGUACCAGGGGAAGAAAUAAAUGAGAGGCUUCGAUUUUUUGCUGAAGAGUGUGAUCACAUUCAGGGUUUCCAAUUCAUUGUCGAUGAUUCAGGAGGUUUCUCUGCUUUAGCUGGGGAUUUUCUGGAGAAUAUUGCAGAUGAAUACUCAAAUACCCCAGUGUUGCUCUAUACCGUCAGGGAUUCUAGAUCUUACAUCAAACAGAGAACCCAAAAGCAUGCAGUCGCCAGGGUUCUUCAUGAUGCAAUUUCAUUUUCGCGAUUAUCAUCCUUCUGUAAAUUGAUUGUGCCAGUUGGAUUACCUGUUUUAAGUCAAAGCAAAGCUUCCACUUUCCUCCACAUCCAAGACGAUAAGCCUUACCAUUGCAGUGCUGUUUAUGCUGCUGCCCUACAUUCUAUAAGUCUUCCUUUCAGGAUGGAACAAAGUGGGCCAUUGGCAGAUUCACGUUAUGUUUCCGGUGCUGUUGAUGUUAAUGGAGUUGUACAAAUGUUAGCAGGGCAAGCCAGGCAGAACAAUGUGGCUAUUCUAGAUGUUGCAAUGCCAGCACCACCUUUGAAUGGGAACCAGGUUGAGCAGUCUUUGAUACGUAACUUGCAUCCAUUGACACCAGAAAUCGCAGAGGAUGUGGAAGAUAUGCAGGCAGUAGAGUCAAUUACUUGUCAUGGAGCCCUUUCCUCGGGAGGUGGUCGGGCUUCCAUUUCAGAAGUAAAAGCAGGGGUUCAUACUGCUUAUGAACAUGAAUUGACAAGGCCAAUGUUCUGUCAUAUAUCUGCUGCUCUUUGCCCUCUCCCAAUACCUUUGCCAUUCCCCUCCCUCUUUGGGAACCUUGUGGGCCAAAAUGGUGAGCUGUUGGGGAGUUCAGUCUCAGGUCCCUCGCCAAAGGGAUUGCUUGAUAUUCAUUCAAUUCCUAUGGCAGCUAGACUACGUUCUAGCAGUGCUGUGUUACCAUAUCUAGAAAAUAGGCUGGGGAAUCUCCGCAAAUUUGGGACCGCACGAGGAGCUCCUGGAAGUGAGAUUGUCAGAAGCUGGGGUAUUGGUAAGGAUGACUUGGAUGAAGUUGAGGAAGCACUUUUUGGAAAGGUUAGCUUAUUGAAUCCUCGGUCUGAACUGUCCUCUGAUUCGGAUUAACUAGUUUUGUAAAGUAAGUAGUCUUUUGUAGCUUGCAAAAUGAUCAUAACUACUAACACCGCCCACCUCUAGCACUCUAAAAUAUUUGGAAAUCACAAAGUUUUUGCGAGAUUUUGUAA